AUGGAGAACUUCCAGAAGGUGGAGAAGAUCGGGGAGGGCACCUACGGCGUCGUGUACAAGGCCCGGAACAAGGUCACGGGGGAGGUGGUGGCGCUGAAGAAAAUCCGCCUGGACACGGAGACGGAGGGCGUCCCCAGCACGGCCAUCCGGGAGAUCUCCCUGCUGAAGGAGCUCAACCACCCCAACAUCGUCAAGCUGCUGGACGUGAUCCACACGGAGAACAAGCUCUACCUGGUCUUCGAGUUCCUGCACCAGGACCUGAAGAAGUUCAUGGACUCCUCUUCCAUCAGCGGCAUCGCCCUGCCCCUCAUCAAGAGCUACCUGUUCCAGCUGCUGCAGGGCCUGGCCUUCUGCCACGCUCACCGGGUGCUGCACCGCGACCUCAAGCCCCAGAACCUGCUCAUCAACGCCGACGGCGCCAUCAAACUGGCCGACUUCGGCCUGGCCCGCGCCUUCGGGGUGCCCGUGCGCACCUACACCCACGAGGUGGUGACACUCUGGUACCGAGCCCCCGAGAUCCUGCUGGGCUGCAAGUACUACUCCACCGCCGUCGACAUCUGGAGCUUGGGCUGCAUCUUCGCCGAGAUGGCUCUGUCUUUUCCCCCCCGGCUCCAUCUUUUCCUGCUCCCACCCCGCCCCCAAGCUCCCUCUUUUCCCCCCUGGCUCCGUCUGUCCGUCGUCCGUCCGUCUUGUGUCCCCCCCCCACGCUCCGUCUUGCCCCCCCCAAGCUCCCUCUUUUCCCCCCCGGAUCCAUCU